GCCGCGGCAGGGCGGGCGCUUCCAGUAGGCGUUACGCUACCCGGCGGUGGCUGAGGUAGGGGAAAAGCAGCCCCAAGGAGGGUGCGGGGCUGUGCUGCCGCCGUGUGUUCUGCAUUUAUCAGCUACUUCUCUUCAUCUCCCCCAUGCUGCCGGGGCCGGGAUAUGCGCGCGGCCGCUCGGAGGCGCCUGAAAGCCGCUAUGAGGGCAGAAGGACCAGGCCGGGCCGCGCUGCUCGUGUUGCCAUGGCAACGCAGGCGCCGGCUGAAGUGCGCGUGCGCCGCGCUCGCCGCCAUCUUGGCAGUUCUACGCGGCAGUGUAACGCCCCGAACCUCCCCGCCUCUCUUAGAAAUGGCACUGAUGUGCGUCCAGUUUUGAUUACCCAGAAAUCACACAAAUGUGGCAUCAAAAUUUAAAAAGCGAAGCUUUUUUUUUUUUUUUUUUUUGUGCGGGUUAAUUUUCUAGCUUGUUGGCAGCUCCCUGUUGAGCUGUCCUGAUGGCUCCUAUACGUGGAAAGGAAACAAUGGGAGAGAGCUUAAAAAUAUUUAAGAGGUCAAAGUCCAAGAGCUUGUCUGGUCUCAACUGUUUCGAUAUAAAUGCAGUGAGAAAAAGCCAGCAUAAACCACCUUACCUGUCAUUUGAUCUGUGAGGAGGGGAGCGUGAGAGAAGCGGGAAAGUGUACUUUCAUUGAGUGGAAGGCUGGAUGUUUAAAUGGCCUCAGAAGGGCAAAGUGAGGAUGCUGAGCAUCCAGCUGAGCCUCCUACAGCUCCUCUUGGGAGUAACAGCACUUUUCGAUGGGGAGAUAUACUUGCUGCAGUGAAAGAUCAGCUCCCGUCUCUGGACUCUGACACUUCUACAUCUGACUGUGAGAGCGAUGGGGAGCUUUUCAUCUUCCAGCGAGAGCAACCCAACUUGAUUCCUGACCUGUCAGAUGAGCUACUGGAAUUUUCCCUGGAAGACUCAGACAUGCAGAAAAAAGAGAAAAAGAAAUGGAAUGGAGAUCUGAAGAGUCUUGGCCAUCAGGAAAAAACAGAUGGUGCCCAAGUCAUUGCAAAAGAAUAUGUUCAAGUGAUUAAAGAUGAGGCUUCCAAUCUUUCCAGCCAUACUGAAGAAAUUCCAAGCCAAAAGGAAGCUGUUGUUGAAGAGUCUCUUGCAGAUUCCACAGAUGGACUUGAAGAGGAAGAACCAGGAAGGCAACAGGCCAGGGAAAAAAGGAAUUCUUGUCGUAAUACAUCAUUGUUAUUGGAGGAACUGUGCAGUAAGAAAGAGAGAAGAAAGCUUAUAGAGACGAAGAUACUCUCAAAAAUAUUUCUAGAGCCAUCACCAGGCCACCCUGAGCUAAAUAAUAAGCCUCCCUCACGUGGCAUUAGCAAAAGUCUAGAAAGAAGUGCUAAAGAAGAAACUUCUGCAGCUGGCCAUCUUCAAGAACUAACCUGUCUGUCACUGCAGUGUACCGAGAACUGGGAUCUAGAUAAGACUUCUAUGGAGCUGAAGCAGCAGAAAAAUACACAUAAUGAUCACGCAGAAAAUUUCUUCUCAGAAGAUUACGAGACCUUCAGAAGUAGAUCUGAAAAGCAGCUCAUGGAAAAGUUAGAAGAGCUGUGUAACAGGCAAUCCAGGACACUGUCUUCACGUUGCAGGUGGCCAUCAGCCAAAAUCUCCUUUCAUGAAGAGCAAGAGAACAAGAAGGAUGUUGCCUUCCUCUCAUCUUCACCAAGUUCUCUUAGGAUGGAUGCAGUGAGAUUGCAGUGCCUGCCAGAGCCUCCAACUGUAUAUGUAGAUUUAAGAGAUGCCGAACCACAGAAGUCAGUAACAUUCCCUGAUGAGAAACAGAGUGCAGGUGACAGCUCCACUGAUGAAGAUGAGACUAUGACUGUUAUGGACCAAGAAGAGAGGAAAAUCAGGAAGAAUUGCUCAGGGAAGUGCCUGCUACUGCAACAACUCCGUAGAGCCCGUAAAGAGGCCUCAGAGCUUCUUCACAAAGCAUCUGCCCCAGCUGAAAGACUCAAGGGCAUAAAACAGGAUCCAGAAAGUCUGGAAGAGAUGGAUGCCUUUAAAGUCAGUCAAAAUCAAAAUUUUAAAAUGAGAGAAGGGACGAAUGAGGUCAUUUCCAGGAAACUGGUGAGGUUGGAGCCAGAGAAAAGAAAUACCUCCUUGUCAAGCCAGAGAGACAAUGGAGCUGAUAUAGAAACAAAAAGCGUAAUGAAAGCUGAGAAGGUUCAACAUUUGGGAAAUGCUUCAGAAUCUCCUCUACCUACAAAAGAAUUUCCAAGGACAGAAGAAAGUAACAGAGAGCUAUCCCAAAAGGAAGAACAGAUGAAAGAGAAACAUGUGAGAUGUGGAUUCCAGGAGCAGCUGGAGAGAUUGCAGCCUCAACAAUCAGUUUCUGGAAAGCAGUUGAUGGCAGAGAAAACACCUGUUUUGUUCCACACGGAAACCUCUUAUUUGCCAGUUGUUGACAGGCUGCCUGGACGGGACAGUGUGAGAGAUGAAGAGCUGCUGAUGGCAGUUUGGCUGUCGAGUUCUGGCCGGGUACCCACAGAUGAGAGCAGUGGACCAAUGCGUAGCGUUGCACUGAGAGCAGCUGACAUCUACCGUGCCCUUGUGACAUGGCUUCUAUCUCUAGUGCCUCCUGUGAAAAUGAAAGGUGGACCCAAAACUCCAUUUCAGGCAGUAGGUCUACAGCAGACCUGGCAAGAGGAUGGAUUGGCCCUGUCUGCCUGUCUAAUGCCAACAGAUGAAUCUCCAACCCAGGACUUGAUGCUGAUUCAAGAAAAGUUAAAGAUGAUUAAAACUAAAGAAGAUCUCCAAGAAACAUCCAUUUGUUACCAGAGGAUUUCUGAUUUUCUGUCCUGUGCGUGGCUUCCAGAUGUUGCCUGGUGGAGAGCAGAACUGUGCAGUUGCUUCCAAAACCACCUGUAUCCACUUCUUCCUGAAACUCCUUCUGCCCUGCUCAGUUAUAUUGCUACUGUUAAUCCUGAUACUCAGGCAGUGGAGAAGGUGCUUGCGAUGCCAAGUGGAUUUUACUGGCAGACUGUUGGAACUGAUGAAAAAUACCUCCCUAAUGGCAGUGACAUCAAGGCUUGCAGACACACUGACACCGAGGUUGCCAUGGUAUUGCUGUUUGAAACUCUCUCCCAAAGAUCUCUAGCUCCCCAUCACAUGUUGCAGCUGGUGCUCAGCUCUGGGCUGGAUACCUGUGGACUCCACCUGCUCUGCUCUCAGCGUGAUGCGCUGCUCUCUAGCUCAGAAAAACUGCCUUCUUCCUAUGCUUCAGACACUGACAAGGUGCUGGCAUUAGGUGUGAGAGGGCCUAAAGGAAUUAGCACCUUGCAGAAUAUCACUGGGCCAUCUGACCCGCAGCUGGCUGGCAUGACAGACUGCAGUUCCAUCAAUGCCAUCUACUGCAUGAGCCACGGAGAGCCUCCUGUCUACCUGCCCCAGCAGGACAGCUGUGUGCACAGGGAGCUGUGCCUCUGGUUUGGAGGCAGGGCUGCUGAUGCAGCACUGCAUGGUGGUAUCCUGGAUCCAACUUCCAGAUGCAACAGAACAAGACCUCAGAGUCCUUCAUCAACUAGAACAGAAACAGAUGAAGAAAAGGUUCAUCUCCAGGGCAUGGUGCAGUCUCGACCUCCAGCAAUGCUUGUCUCGCCUACCAAUGAGGACAUCAUUUUGACAGUAUCACCUCUGGUAUCUCCUCGUGUGUAUGGUAAUGUGAUUUCGAUCUGUACUUGUCGAGGGUUUGCUCUGCAAGGAAUCAGACAGCUGCAGCUUUCACACAAGCAAGCCAUUGUGCUGAGCAUGACAACAAGUCAGAUUGCUGUAUUUUGCCCUGGCAAGAUUUCUAGUUUACCUGAGAACAGUCCUGCAAGAGGAGAGCUUUCUGCUGAAUCACGAGAGCGCUGUCUUGUCUUGUUGCUGAGAAAGGAGGAUGCUAGUCAUCGUAUUCUUGCACUGGUCAAAGGACUGAUGAAUGAACUGGCAAAGCAAAACCUCCUUGGUAAUGGGCAGAGCAGCCUGCCUGCCACAGCUGGGCUGGACCCCUCCAUGUGCUUCCAUGUGGCUCCUUACACUGAGAACUUGCUGCAGAUGCUGGGAGGAAGCUUCAGUGUAGUUCCAGACCCGUGUAACAUUCCUCUGGAUUUUUUCUGCAACCGAAUAUUUGCUUCUGAUCCUGAAAUGGAGCAAGUAGUCCUGCUGACAGUGGUUGGGAUGGAUGCUAUCAACAGUGCUGGAGAGCUCCUUUGCCAGAUCCUUCUUCCUGGGAGCAAUAAUCAGUCUCAAAAUGCAGAAGGACCUGAUUUAGGGUUUGAGCUCCUAGGUCUCAAGUGGUUGCCCCAUCUCACUCGACGUCAGGCAAAAGAAAUAACCCCUUUUGAGGUUGGAGAUGCUUCCUGGCAAAGAAGCCUUGAUACACUAAUGUCUAAUCCAGUCCUUGUGUGUGCGUUACGGCGGAUCAAUGCCUUCCAAGUCCUUGAAGAUGCAUUAAAGAGAUUAACACCGUGCAGAGAGCUAAGUGAAAGUGACAGUGCUCUGCAGAGAGUAAUGGCCUUGACCCCAGAGGUAACAUUCAGACAAGCCAUCCUUUUCUUCACAGAGAAGGAUCUUGUAGCUGAUCCAGAACACCGCCCUACUGCCAAAUACCUGCCACCACCUGGCAAGACAUCCAGGGCUGGAGUGGAAGAGACCCAGAGAUGUCGUGCAGAAUCACUGUUUGCCUACUUGCAUGCAGGAGCCCAGAUCCUCUGCACGGUGCUGCUGAUCAAACCUGGUGCCUGGAGCCAUCAUCUUGCAAGGAUCCUCCGAAAGCUUGACCUAGAAAAAUUCACUGUGGUUGGGAUGAAACACGUACACCUGGAGCCAGACAUCGCCUUAGGACUCCUUUCUUUGGAAGCAAAGCAGGAUCCUGCUGUCCUACAAGCUCACCGUACCUACCUUACCUCAGGCACUUCUCUUGUGCUGUGUCUUCAGAGACCAAAUGCUGUGAAGAAGCUGAUGGACAUGCUGGGACCAGAGGACCCUAAAGUAGCCCAAGCACUAAAUCCAUGCCUCUGGAGGGCCCAGUAUGGCAUCGACGCUGUCCAAAAUGGAUUUUAUGGCUCCGAAUCCUACCAAAUAUCUGUCCGGGAUAUGAAGCUGUUUUUCCCAGAAGGUCUGUGCUGCGCCGAGUGCCAGACACUGGAGGAAGAAGAGAUCUAUAACCUGAAAUGUGACCCCAUAGUUAGUGUGGAAAUCAACAAGCAGUGCAAAAUCAUAAAACAUGAAACAGGAGGGCAACUUGAUUUGCCGGGCUCUGGGCAACCACGCGAUCUUGAUCGGCCAGUGCUCAGUAACCUCAGCCAAACCACUUGCCUCAUCCUGCCGGCGAUAAUCCUCAGGGGUUCGGACCCACCUUAUGUUGAACUGCUUGAUCAGCUUAUUGGCCAAGGUUUCACGGUGACUGGAGUACGCCUCACUGUGCUGGAUGCACCACAAGCUCAUUGCAUCUCCGAGAUACUGAGCAGGGCCAAAUGUGGUGUGGCAGCAAAGUGUUCCCUCUUAAUGGACGGUUUGUGCCUGGUGGUAGCAGCAGAGCGAGACAACGCGGUCAUUGGCUUCGACUCCCUGCUGGACAGCGUGCGUUGGCAGAAGCAGUCGGUGCUGGACAUGGCACAGCAUCUCCUCUAUCCCCAGAAUGAGAAACAGGCUGAAGAGCUGCUCUGUUGUCUUUUUGACUCCCUGACGUCUGACAGCACCUGCCACAUUGAAUCCCAGAGCUGCUAGCUGCUGGUCACAGCCCUCAGGUAGCCCGUGGGCCAGUGCCAUUGCAGGGGGUAUCUGUGCAGGUGGGCACAAAGCCGCUCCCGGCCUCCAGGAGCACCAGCACUUGUUUGUCAUUAUAAUAAAUUCUGAAGCAUCCUGUUA